AUGUUAAAAUGGAAUAAGACGAGGAUUUUCAAAGACACUAUAUUUAAUAAAAAUACAUUACGAAUGUUUAGUGAAAACAUUGAUGUGAAUAAACUCACGUCCAAACAUAUUAAAUUAAAAUAUUCACAAAAACAACUAAUGUUCACUUUUAAAGAAUUACGUCAGCAUGACUUUAAAGAAUUAAAAAAUUUAUAUAAUAUUCCACCUAAUGAAAUAAAGAAAGUGAAGGAGAUGCAAGAUAAGAGUAAAUCAGUCGAUUCAUUAAAUAAUUUUCUUUCAAAUGCUAAAGUCAAUAUAUUCCAAUUGAAUAAAGUUUGUUCAAUUAUUAGAAAGGAGAAAUUAAAAACACACGCAGGUGUAAUUUCUACCAUAGUAGGAAGUAAUCAUAUUGAGAAUGUUCAAACUGCGGUAGGUCUUCGAAUGGGAAUUAAUAAUGUUAGUUGGUGCGAGGUAAAUUUAAAUGAUUCUAAUUUAGAUGUAUUAUGCUGGAAAAGUAAAACUUUUUAUAAUGUAGAUUCAUCUGCAGAUCCACUUGAAAUGAUGAAGAUUGGAACUGCAAUUGCUAAUAGCAUACAGAAAACAAAUAAUUAUAUUAUGGAAAGAGACAAAAUAAUGCUAAAAUUACCAAAAUCCAAUUCUACUCUGUAUAGAUUAGUAUUACGUCAACAACAGAUAGCUUCGGUGAUACUCACUACAUUAUUUAAAACAAAUGCA